UCUAAUGUGCAAUGACAGUCUCCAGCCCUGAUAACCGGAAUUAAAAAUACUAAUUUUCAAGUGAAAUUUCCACAUGCAUCCUUUAUCUAACGGGUUUUAUAUUAUUUUCAGCCAACAAUGAUAAGGCGUCCACCAACAGUUGUUUGUUACAUCUGUGGCCGUGAAUAUGGGACCAAAUCUAUUAGCAUCCAUGAGCCACAAUGUCUGAAAAAAUGGCAUAAUGAAAACAAUUUGUUGCCUAAAGAACUAAAGAGACCAGAACCGAAAAAACCAGAAGUUAGAGUCAUUACUGCCAAGGGCUUCUAUGAUCUUGACGCCUUAAAUGAAGCUGCUUGGGCAAGUGCCCAGAGCCAGUUGGUUCCCUGCGACGUUUGUGGGAGGACCUUCCUGCCAGACAGACUGAUAGUUCACCAGCGAUCCUGUAAACCUAAAGCCGCCAAGUAA